AUGACCUCACUCUCGACUCCUCGUCCCAAUGUCCUAAUUAUCCUUGCUGACGACGUCGGCAUCGGGGACAUAUCUGCCUACACUCCCGGCGCUCAAGUCGCCACGCCGGCAAUCUCGUCGCUCGCCGGCAUGGGCAUGCGAUUCACGCACGCGCACGGUCAUCGGACAUGUGCGCCGUCGCGAUACGAGCUGCUCUCCGGCUCGUACGUCUACCGCGGCAAGGAGCCGGGCGGGAUGUGGUAUCUGUCUCCGGCGGGCUCCCAAUUCCGUCCGGGGCAGCGCUCUAUUGCGGCAGCCUUUGGCGACGCCGGGUACGAUACGAUCAUGCUCGGCAAGACAGGGAUCGGCGGGUUCAUGGAGCAAGGCAAGUCGCAUUCUCUCAGGGACGUGAAUCGGCUGCUGAGGGGCUCGCAAAGACUCGGCGACGGACCUGCCGAGUGGGGCUUCAAGCGCUCGCUCACGCUGGUGAGCGGCCACCAGGGAAUGCCCUUUGCCUUUUUCCGCGGCGGCGAGCUCUCACCCCGAAAUUUCUCUACACGCUGCUGGGGGGCCUCGAUCAGCGCCUUUGACGACGGCGUGUCCGUGACUGGCGUGUUUGAAGGCGGCAGGUCCAGGAAUGCGCUGGUGAAUGGCACGCUGGUGCGGGGUGGCGGCAGGGCGGCGAGCCUCUGCGACGGCAGCAAUGGCGAGCUGCACGACGGGACCACAGAUUGGAAGAGCCACAUGGUCGACGUCGAGAUUGCGACGGAGAUGUUCGGCUUCUUGCGGCCCGGCUCGAGCAGCGCAGCGCCAGCGUGCACCGACAGCAGCGGCGGCCUUCGCGGCUUUAAGGGCAGCAUUUUUGAGGGCGGUCAUCGGGUUCCCUUGCUGCUGUCCUGGCCGGCUGGCGGCGUGGGCGCGGGAGCCGCCUCCUCCGACCUCGUGGGACUGGUGGAUCUGUACGCGACGCUGCUCGAUCUCGUGGGCGCGCCGCCGCCGGCGAUCGGGCAGGCUGUCGACAGCGUCAGCUUCAAGCAGCGGCUGCUCGCGCCGCGUGCACGCGGCGCGACUCGCCGCACCGAGCACUUGGUAUGGAACGCAGCCAGGGCUCACCCAGCCAGGAACACCAGCCAGGAGCACCCAGCCGGGAACACCUCACACGGGGCUCGCUGGGCGACGAGCCACUGGGCGAGCUACUUGGACGAGGGCAGCGGCCCGUCGGCAGCGCGCUGGAAGCUACUGGGCGACUCUCGCGGCGGGCGCCUCGUCGCGUCGGCCCUGUUUGAGCUGGCCUCCGAUCCCGGGGAGGACUCCGACCUGCUCGCGCGCGGGCGAGAUCAUCCCUCGUGGGCGGUGCACUGCCGAGUGGUUGGCCGCAUGCUCGGGGGUGAGGCGCGCAAGGGGCUCGUGUGCGUGCGAGAACAGGAGCGCGACCAUCAGUGCCGCGGCUGGGGCGCGAACACGCAAGGGCAAGCCGAGCCGAGAGCUCCGAUGCUGCCGCCGUUUUGUGGGCGGGGGUGA